GCUUCUCCGGAGGCCGCGAGGCCCGCGACCCAGGAAGUAGGUGGAACGGUAGGGUUCGUUUACUCCUGGGGCUGCCGUACCAUGGCUGAAACAGACACUGACAGAAGCCAGAUUGAGAAACUCUUAAAAAGAGUACAAGAACUGGAGCAAGAAGUACAAAGACUUAAAAAAGAACAGUCAAACAACAUCAAAGACCCAAACAUUAAAGAAAAUUCUUUAGGAUCUGCAAAAGCUAAGCGUGCAUUUGAUUUCAGUGCCCACAGCCGAAGACAUGUAGCCCUAAGAAUAGCCUAUCUAGGCUGGGGAUACCAGGGCUUUGCUAGUCAGGAAAAUACAGACAACACCAUCGAAGAGAAGCUAUUUGAGGCUCUGACCAAAACUCGACUGAUAGAAAGCAGACAGACUUCCAACUAUCACAGAUGUGGGCGGACGGACAAAGGAGUUAGUGCCUUUGGUCAGGUGAUUUCUCUUGACCUGCGGUCUCAGUUUCCAAGGGACAAAGAUUCACAAGAUCUUAACUUCAAAGAUGAAGUCGAUGAUGCCAAAGAGAUCCGUUAUACCCACAUCCUCAAUCGGGUUCUCCCUCCAGACAUCCGUGUCCUGGCCUGGGCUCCUGUAGAACCGAGCUUCAGUGCUAGGUUCAACUGUCUGGAACGCACUUACCGCUAUUUUUUCCCUCGCGCUGAUUUAGAUAUUGUAAAGAUGAAUGAUGCAGCUCAGAGGUACGUUGGUACCCAUGAUUUCAGGAACUUGUGUAAAAUGGAUGUAGCGAAUGGAGUGAUUAAUUUUCAGAGGACUAUUCUGUCUGCUCAAGUACUACUAGUGGGGCAAAGCCUAGGUGAGGAGAGAUGGCAAGAACCUUUCCAGUUAUGUCAAUUUGAAGUGACUGGGCAGGCUUUCCUUUAUCAUCAAGUCCGCUGUAUGAUGGCUGUCCUCUUUCUGAUUGGCCAAGGAAUGGAGAAGCCAGAAGUUAUUGAUGAGUUGCUGAAUAUAGAGAAAAAUCCCCAGAAGCCCCAAUAUAGCAUGGCUGUGGAGUUUCCUCUAGUCUUGUAUGACUGUAAGUUUGAAAACGUCAAGUGGCUCCAUGAUCAAGAGGUUCAGGAGUUCAAUGUUACUCACCUGCAGCAGCUAUGGGCUAAUCAUGCCGUCAAAAGCCACAUGUUAUAUAACAUGCUGCAAGGGUUGGACUCUGUUGUGUUACCCUGUACAACAGGACCGAAGAUGGAUGGAACAACAGAACGGAGAAACAGUAAGCCCUCUGUCAUAAAGCAGACCAGUGCCUUUGUAGAAGGAGUAAAAAUGCGCAAGUAUAGACCCCUCAUGGAUCGCCCCAAGUGCCAAGGACUGGAAUCCCGGAUCCAGCAUUUUGUUCGUAGAGGACGCAUUGAGCACCCACAUUUAGUCCAUAAGGAAGAAACAAAAGCCAAAAGGGACUGUUGUGACACACUUGAAGAACAGAAUACUAUUUUGGAGAAACCAAAGAAGAAGGUCUGUGUAGACGGGGAAAUUAAAAGCAUCAUUUAAUCACAGCAAACACAUGAGGGUCUAAGCGACUACAACCUGUUAGUACAGGCAGGCAGAAAAGAAAUGCAGAACAUUUCAUUGCAGGAAGUUGUGGAAAUUCUCACGAUCACCUCUUAAAAAAAAAUUGUAAGGCCUGAUUAAGGAAGUUCUUAAGAAAGAGACCAAGCUGGCUGUGGUUGUGCAUGCCUGUAAUCCCAGCUCUCAGGAGAUUGAGGCAGGAGGACCACUGUGAGUUCCGAGUACACUACUAUACAGUGAGUUCAAGGCCAGUGAACAACAAAAGAUUGAGACCAAACAUUUUGUCAUUCCUGUCCAAAGGAGUAAAAGAAAAAGCAAAAAGUGAUUAUAAUUUAUGUACAUCUAGAAACAUGUGCCUUGUGUUUAAAUUCAUUAAAACUUGAU